GCUGCCGGUCCCUGAAGUACGCGCACACUCUCCGGAGGUUGCGGCAGCUGAGCGGGGAAACAGGGACGCGGUCAGAUUCGCUCCAGGUGGCGGGAGUGAAGAGGGGAGGAGUGAGGCGACGGACGUGCGGGGGCGGGGUGUCCAACACAAACACAAACACGAACACGCUCAGCGUCCCCGGGGAGGGCGGACGACGCCACCUCACCAUUCAUCGCCCCUGGACCCCGCGGUUCCCCUCGGACCCAGGGCCAGAGCCCUGUGCGAAGCAACCUGGCCUCAGUCAAACGGAAGCGGCCGCAAAAGCCCCGCUCUAGGUAACGGCUGCGGUGGAGCAGCGAACCUCCCUGUGAAUCGGUGGGAGACAAGACGGAACAGCAGUGAGGGCGGUAGAGGAGUGUAGUGCCUCUCCUCACCUUGUUACAAGCGCGCUGGAAGCAGCCUACCCAUCCCACCGCUGUCAGCUUUGCAAUCGCCGCUCCCACCUUCCGCCGCCGCCUGGAGGGAAGCCGGAGCGACGGGGGUCACGGCGGCGGUCAGAGGGUAAAGGUCUUGCUCCCAGCAGCCUUCGCGGUGGAUACGUCGCCAUCUUGGAUCCGCGGGACAAGAAAAUUCAUGCGUACCCUUCUCUAAAAUGACCGACUAUAUGUAAAGCUUCAUUUCUGGACUCUCCAUUCUGUUUCAUUGAUAAAGGGAGAACUGGUGGGCGGUCCUUCCUGUGACACGACCCUUGAGUGACAGUUCUAUUUGAUUGCCUCCGGUACUGUGAGGAAAGGACACGACUCUAUGGUGAGGACUGAUGGACAUACAUUAUCUGAGAAAAGAAACUACCAGCCUCCAGCUCUGAGCUUUCCAAUCCCCAGAGUAGCAAAUGUUGAAAGAAGUUGCACAGGUGACAAACAGCAUGUUUGGUGCUUCAAGAAAGAAGUUUGUAGAGGGGGUCGACAGUGACUACCAUGACGAAAACAUGUACUACAGCCAGUCUUCUAUGUUUCCACAUCGGUCAGAAAAAGAUAUGCUGGCAUCACCAUCUACAUCAGGUCAGCUGUCUCAGUUUGGGGCAAGUUUAUACGGGCAACAAAGUGCACUAGGCCUUCCAAUGAGGGGGAUGAGCAACAAUACCCCUCAGUUAAAUCGCAGCUUAUCACAAGGCACUCAGUUACCGAGCCACGUCACGCCAACAACAGGGGUACCAACAAUGUCACUUCACACGCCACCAUCUCCAAGCAGGGGUAUUUUGCCUAUGAAUCCUAGGAAUAUGAUGAACCACUCCCAGGUUGGUCAGGGCAUUGGAAUUCCUAGCAGGACAAAUAGCAUGAGCAGUUCAGGGUUAGGUAGCCCCAACAGAAGCUCGCCAAGCAUAAUAUGUAUGCCAAAGCAGCAGCCUUCUCGACAGCCUUUUACUGUGAACAGUAUGUCUGGAUUUGGAAUGAACAGGAAUCAGGCAUUUGGAAUGAAUAACUCCUUAUCAAGUAACAUUUUUAAUGGAACAGAUGGAAGUGAAAAUGUGACAGGAUUGGACCUUUCAGAUUUCCCAGCAUUAGCAGACCGAAACAGAAGGGAAGGAAGUGGUAACCCAACUCCAUUAAUAAACCCCUUGGCUGGAAGAGCUCCUUAUGUUGGAAUGGUAACAAAACCAGCAAAUGAACAAUCCCAGGAUUUCUCAAUACACAAUGAAGAUUUUCCAGCAUUACCAGGCUCCAGCUAUAAAGAUCCAACAUCAAGUAAUGAUGACAGUAAAUCUAAUUUGAACACAUCUGGCAAGACAACUUCAAGUACAGAUGGACCCAAAUUCCCUGGAGAUAAAAGUUCAACAACACAAAAUAAUAACCAGCAGAAAAAAGGGAUCCAGGUGUUACCUGAUGGUCGGGUUACUAACAUUCCUCAAGGGAUGGUGACGGACCAAUUUGGAAUGAUUGGCCUGUUAACAUUUAUCAGGGCAGCAGAGACAGACCCAGGAAUGGUACAUCUUGCAUUAGGAAGUGACUUAACAACAUUAGGCCUCAAUCUGAAUUCUCCUGAAAAUCUGUACCCCAAAUUUGCAUCACCCUGGGCAUCUUCACCUUGUCGACCUCAAGACAUAGACUUCCAUGUUCCAUCUGAGUACUUAACGAACAUUCACAUUAGGGAUAAGCUGGCUGCAAUAAAACUUGGCCGAUAUGGUGAAGACCUUCUGUUCUAUCUCUAUUAUAUGAAUGGCGGAGACGUAUUACAACUUUUAGCUGCAGUGGAGCUUUUUAACCGUGAUUGGAGAUACCAUAAAGAAGAACGAGUAUGGAUUACCAGGGCACCCGGCAUGGAGCCAACAAUGAAAACCAAUACCUAUGAGAGGGGAACAUAUUACUUCUUUGACUGUCUUAACUGGAGGAAAGUAGCUAAGGAGUUCCAUCUGGAAUAUGACAAAUUAGAAGAACGGCCUCACCUGCCAUCCACCUUCAACUACAACCCUGCUCAGCAAGCCUUCUAAAAAAAAAAAAAAAAAAAAAAAAAAAAAAGAGACUUCCCUUUUCUUGGGGUAUGGCUGUCUCAGCACAAUACUCAACAUAACUGCAGAACUGAUGUGGCUCAGGCACCCUGGUUUUAAUUCCUUGAGGAUCUGGCAAUUGGCUUAAGCAAAGGGUCACCAUUUGAGGUCCUGCCUUACUAAUUAUGUGCUGCCCAACAACUAAAUUUGUAAUUUGUUUUUCUCUAGUUUGAGCAGGGUCUGAAGUUUUUUUCAUUUAUUUCCUUUUUGCCAGCAGACAGACUUGAGUCUGUAAAGACAAGCAAAUACACUGACAGAAGUUUACCAUAUAGUUUCUAAAAUGUAAAAAGGAAAAACUACAAAAGACUCAACACAAUUAGACCACAAAAUUUGCAUUGUUCAUUGUAGCACUAUUGGUAAUAAAAUAACAAAUGUUUGUGCAUUUUUAUGUGAAGAUCCUUCUCGUAUUUCAUUUGGAAAGAUGAGCAAGGUCUGCUUCCUUCAUUUUACUUCCCCUUCUGUUUUUGAAAGGCAGUUUCGCCAAGCUUAAUGCAAGAAUAUCUGACUGUUUAGAAGAAAGAUAUUGCCACAAUCUCUGGAUGGUUUUCCAGGGUUGUGUUAUUACUGAGCUUCAUCUUUCCAGAAUGAGCAAAACACUGUCCAGUCUUUGUUACGAUUUUGUAAUAAAUGUGUACAUUUUUUUUAAAUUUUUGGACAUCACAUGAAUAAAGGUAUGUAUGUACGAAUGUGUAUAUAUUAUAUAUAUGACAUCUAUUUUGGAAAAUGUUUGCCCUGCUGUACCUCAUUUUUAGGAGGUGUGCAUGGAUGCAAUAUAUGAAAAUGGGACAUUCUGGAACUGCUGGUCAGGGGACUUUGUCGCCUUGUGCACUAAAAGGGCCAGAUUUUCAGCAGCCAAGGACAUCCAUACCCAAGUGAAUGUGAUGGGACUUAAAGAAGUGAACUGAGACGAUUCACUCUGGCUGUUUGAACAGCAGCGUUUCAUAGGAAGAGAAAAAAGAUCAAUCUUGUAUUUUCUGACCACAUAAAGGCUUCUUCUCUUUGUAAUAAAGUAGAAAAGCUCUCCUCA